GAAUGCUUGUGCCGCCGCUCAAUGGACAAGUCCGCCUGCAGGAAGCAUUCCCAACCUGCCCGAUUGUGCAGAGAAUGGGCGAGUUUGAUGCUCAAGCGCCGCCCACUAAAACCUGCCCCGGUUCUCUUUCACUUUUAAUUUCGUUUUGCCAGUGUUGAAACAUAUCUUGUCAAACGCCGAGACGUCAGUCACCACAUCCAGCAAAGAAGCCGACUCUGUAUCGAGGCCUAGAGUCUAAGCCCGUUAAACGCUAAGGUUUCUUUCACAAACCAGGGAUGCAGAGCACUUCCAAUUACCUCUGGUUACUCAAUGAUAUCCUCGGACAGGGAGCAACUGCAAGUGUAUAUAAAGCACGUCGCAAGCAAACUGGCGAUCAUUAUGCCGUCAAAGUGUUCAAUCAUGUCAGUUAUUUGCGUCCGUAUGAAGUGCAGAUGAGAGAGUUUGACAUGUUGCGCAAAUUAAACCACAAGAACAUUGUGAAGCUCUUGGCAGUGGAGGAAGUGGGAACCACCAAGCAGAAGGUCCUUGUGAUGGAGUACUGUGCCGGCGGAAGUCUGCAUAGUGUUUUGGAAGAAUCGGAAAACGCAUUCGGCCUGUCGGAAUCGGAGUUCCUGAUUGUCCUGCAGAGUGUUGUUGCUGGCAUGAACCAGUUGAGGGAGAAUGGUGUAGUGCAUCGGGACAUUAAGCCAGGGAACAUCAUGCGAGUGGUUGGAGAGGAUGGCCAAUCAGUCUAUAAACUGACCGACUUUGGAGCAGCCCGAGAACUGGAGGAUGAUGAACAGUUCAUGUCACUUUAUGGCACUGAGGAGUAUUUGCAUCCGGAUAUGUAUGAGCGCGCUGUCCUUCGUAAGCCACAGAACAAGAAGUAUGGGGUCACGGUGGAUCUGUGGAGUAUCGGUGUGACAUUUUACCAAACAGCUACUGGCAGUCUACCUUUCAUUCCAUAUGGAGGGCCCCGCAAGAACAAGGAGAUGAUGCAUAAAAUCACAACAGAGAAGCCGGAGGGAAUGAUAGCAGGAGUGCAGCACAGAGAUUGUGGCCCAGUGGAGUGGAGCAAGGAGCUGCCCAUCACCUGCAGGCUCUCAGAAGGCUUAAAGUUCCUGUUGGUUCCCAUCCUCGCAAAUAUCUUGGAGGCCGAUCAAGCUAAAUGUUGGGGAUUUGAUCAGUUCUUUGCAGAAACCAAUGACAUCCUUCAUAGAAGUGUGAUCCACAUCUUCUCACUGCAGCAAGCUACAGUACAUAAAGUCUACGUCCAUUCCUACAAUACAAUCAAUGUCUUGAUGGAUGCCAUUUUCCGACAGACUGACGUACCUGCUGUGGAGCAGGAGUUCAUGUAUGAAGGGUAUUGCUUGGAGCUGGACUUGGUCCAACAGGUAGAUUUGGUACCAAAAACAACGGAGGAGAGACCAAUCAUCUUAGUGAGCAAGGAGCAGAAGGCACCCAUUGGAAUCACAUAUAAAGAACCUGAUGUACCGACCUUUCCACCCAAGUUUGACUUAAUCAGUGAUGCGAAUCUUGCAAAGAUUGUGACAUGUGCUGUUCAUCAGCUGCUAAGGAUCACAAAAUCCCUCAUGAAAUGUCAGGACUUCAUACUCCGGGGCGUAUAUUGGAUGCUUGCCAUUUUGAAAGAGGAAUGCAGAAAUACGGUUCAGCGGGUUGCAACUUUGAAUCUGAAGCUGGAUUUCUGCAAGAGCACCAUGAUGAGAAUUCAGAAAAUAUAUGGCCAACAGUCUCGAAUGAAUCCAUCCGAGGGAGGUGAUGUACACAUGAAGUUGCAGUUGACAGUGCAUUUCCUGGCAACCAUCUCCCAGAAUGUUCAAAACAGUCAGAAGCAACUGGAUCAGAUAGCAGCUCAAUGGUCCACUACCAAUGACAUCCAUCAUAAAGACAGCACAAUUGGCAAAGUGGAAGUCCUGCUUGAAAAAGUGUCUGCUAUUCACCGGCAACUCAAAAAAGAUCGAAUGAAAAUGAAGCUUCAAUAUAAUGAUGAGCAGAUCCAUAAAUUUGAGAAACUCAACAUGGGGAUUCAUGCCAAGAAAGUGCUGGCGUUAGUUCGAGAGGAUGCUGAACAGAAAUAUAAGAAGCUACUGACGUGUGUAAAAGAUUGGAUGAGGACUGCCUGUGACAUCAGGAAACAACUGAGAUCCUUUGGUGAACAGUGUGAGAGCCUCCAUUGUGAUCUGGAGAACUGUGGAGCUUAUCUGAACAAUAUGUACAAUCAGAUUCCCUUGAAGGUCGAAGGAGACCAAUCCACCACCAAAUCAACAGCUUCAACUGUCUACCCUGACCAGAAAUGCAUGGAAAUGGCCAUCAGGAUGAAGCAGCUGAAGCAGGAGAUAGAACAUGUAACGAAGGAACUCCAGCAGAAUAACAUGACCAUCCAAAGCCUGAGUGAUGGUCAGAAACCUCAAGAUAUCUAAGGUUUGGGCGUUGAAGAUGAGAUACAGGAGAGAAGGACGAGCCAGACAGUUGUACUGUGACUUUAUAAAACAUCACCAUGGGACGGACUGGAAUCCCACUAAAAACUGGACAUGUAUUUGUAUUACUGAAGAAUGCCGAGACAAAAGAUUCACACUUCCUGUUUGAGUCGUCGUGAUAUAAACUGAGCAAAAAUGUUAGGAACCCAUUUUACCUUUCUCCCAGUUUAAGGAUAUGUAAAAAAAUUGGGAAUAAUGGGAAAUGCAUUGGAUAUGUAAACAAUUCUAGAAAGUGUGUGUGUGAACGAGAGCAAGAUCGGAACUUAUGUCUAAUUUAAAUUUGUGUGUAUAUUUGUCAUUCCAAAUAUUUUGACCCAUUUUUUCAACUUUGGGAACCAGUGUGGACAGAAGGAUCCAGAGUUGUUCUACUAUUCAGUAUGAUCAGGGGCUACUCUUCUACCUCAGUACCUGUCCUAGUCUUUUAAUGGACAGUGCAGUCCUUCCAGAAAUGCUACUUGACCUGUUGAGUUGCACCAACACUUUGUAAAUUGAAUGUCCACAGAUCUGUUGUAGCUCUAAUGAUGCAGUGCCUGAGGACGCAAACAACAUCGGAGAUGUACUCAAGUCGCACCUACCUUCACUCAACAACGUUGAUUGCCUUACUGCUGAAGAAGAUUGUGUCUACUGGAUCACGGAUCCCCAGUCCCUGGUUGCUGUUUGACCCUCUGCUCUUUUGGCCACUAUCAUCAGUUUGGGUUCACAAUUGGGGGCCAACACUGCCAUGCCUUCAAUUCCACAUUCCAAGAAUUGAACUGGAGAGCUUUGUGCCAAGUUGGCAGAUUGUUAACACAUGGUGCCGAUCAGAUAACGUAGCCCACAAUCAAACCAGGACAGCGCUGAUCUUUAUAGCAAAAACUGCAUUGGGAAAAGUACAUGAAACAGAUUAAGGCCAUUCAGUCCCUUGAGCCUGCACUGCUAUUCAAUCAGAUCAUGAAUGAUCUAACUUCACUUUUUUCACUUUUGCUCCCUACUCCCUUGUUAAAACAGAAAAUAACUUACGAUGAUUUAAAGACAACAUUGGAGUUGAUAGAAAUCAGGACAAAAAUGCUGGAAAUGCUCAACAUCUGAAAGGAGAGAAACAGCUCCACCAGAAGUGGAACGAGGUUAGAGAUGUGACGGUUUUGGGGAUUCUGGUUACUGGUCGAGGUAAAUUUUUCAACAAGCCGAAAAAUUUACUGCGAGUAAAAAUUGGUCGGCAUGGAGAAAAUCGAUGCUUUUGAACUCGUAGUGCAGUGGUAGUGGGGUCACCAUGUCGUUGGAGGUCGUCGAGGUAGCCGUAGGUAAUCUCCUUUGCUGACCGGGCAUUUGGGGAUUCCUGAUGUGGGAAAAUGGAAGAGAACGGAAAAGAACAAAAGGGCUAGGGAGAUGAAAUGACAAAUGGAUGAUGGUUCACAAGCUGUAGGAGCAGAAUUAAGCCAUUCGGCCCAUCAUGUGUACACAACCAUUCAAACAUGACUGAUCUCUCUUUCCCUCUCA